AUGUAUGUUACUGCUCAACAAACUUGUCAAUUGACUGAUUCUGAUAUUCUUGGACCCUACUAUCUUCCUGGUGCACCUACAUCUAGAAGACAACUUUGCGUCAAUUCACCGGCAUAUGAUCGAUUGGUUUUAACUGGACAAGUGCUCGAUUACGAAUCGGAAUGUAGACGUGGUAUUCCUAAUGUGAAAUUGGAUUUAUGGCAGGCUAAUUACAAUGGUGUGUAUUCUGGUGGUCAGAAUACUAGUGAUUGGUGGUGUCGAGCUGUCGUUGCAACGGAUUCUAAUGGCAAAUUUCGUAUUACUACUCUAUUUCCUGGCCGUUACGAUGACGGUGGCUACCGUCCGGCUCACAUUCAUUUCAAGGUUACUGCUCAAGGUUAUCCAACCUUAGUAACUCAAUUAUAUUUCAAUCUUGAUUAUUAUCUGUCACCACGUGAUUCAUGCACACGCUGUCGUAGCGAUGCCAAAUCGUUGGUUGUAUCAGCCGUACAUCGUGAUGAUAUCAAAACAUUCGAAGAAAUCAAAUUGACAUUGCAAAAUGAACAAACAAAAACUGAGAAGAGUAUACCAAAACCAUCAUUACAAAAUCAAGAACAAUCAUUUCAAUUACAAGAAGUACAACGAGGAUUUUUUCAAAGUUUGAAAGACUUUUUGAUUCCUAAUCGAUAUUCUUCUCCUUCUCUACCAAAUAAUUCUGAUCACAAUAUUUCAUGUAUGAUUGAAAGAGAUCGUAUCAAUCGUUUUGGACGAUAUAAAUCUUCUGAUGAAGCUGAUAUUAGAGCAAUGAUUCGAACAAGUCGACCUUAUUCUUCAACAGAAUUUAAUCAAUCAGAAUAUUCUAGAAAUGAAAAUACCAUGAUUGAUCAUGGUAAACAACUUGCUUGGUUACUAUCUGGACUUGCAAAAGAUGUUUUUAACAUGUCUGUACAAACAAUACAUCUAUUUUGGGAUAUUGAUAGUGCCCGUAUUGCUUGCAAUAGUCAUGGUGCAUUAUUCUUUAAUCUUCGUUAUUUUGAACAAGUAUUUGCCGAUGAUCUUAAACCAUAUCUUCAUAAUACUUCAUCAUCCAUUUCAAUUGUUCGUUCUGUAGUUAAUUUUUAUUUUAUGGUUGCUUGCCAUGAAUUAUCACAUAAUAUUGAUUCAAGUCAUGAUUUAAAUUUUAUUAAUCGUCUUGAAAGAGUUUCCGUUCGAUUUACGGAUGCAAAAGAUGUAUUUCUAUCCAAAUUUUCCUUUCAAUAA